GCAAGAACCAUUCACCAACCCCUUUAUAAAGUAGGAGAGCCAACCUAACUCAGUCCCUCCCCACCUCCGCCGCUGCCCAUUUCUACGCCACUCCACACACAGUUUUGUUUUCAGCAAGAAAAGAUGUUUGCAGAUGCCAAAAAAAUCAUGGUGUUCAUUCCAUUACCUAUAGUAAGCCACCUGGUGUCAGCUGUAGACACUGCCAAGCUCCUCGCCGAUCGAGACGACAGUCUCUUCAUUAGCAUCCUAAUUAUGAAACGGACCCCAGAUACCAAGAUCAGUUCCUACAUUACCAAAUCACCCCACCCUCGGAUUAACUUCCUACCCCUGCAAGAAAACAAUUCCAUCGCAUCAGGGUCGAUGGGAGACAAGAACUGGGUGCUUGCUUUGGCGGAGAGCCAUAAGUGUCUGGCCAGAGAUGUUGUGGUGGAGAUGAUGGAGAGCCAGAAGGGGAGACUUGCUGGAAUUGUGCUCGACAUGUUCUUCACUCCCAUGAUUGAUGUGGCGAACGAGCUCGGCGCCCCAGCUUACAUCAACUUUACCAGUGGAUCGGCUGUUCUUGGGCUUUUGUUGCAUCUGCAGAGCUUGAGAGACGAUGAUGGCAAAAACUUGAAAGAGUAUAAGGAUUCAGAUGUGAAGAUCUCUAUCCCAACUUAUGUUAAUCCUGUACCUGCAAAGGUGUGGCCUGGUAAAGUAUUCGAAAAGGAAACUGGUUUUCUAGAAUGUGCCAGAAGGUACAGAGAGACCAGAGGGAUCAUCGUAAACACCUUUCUUGAAUUCGAGCACCACGCAAUUAGCUCGCUCUCUGCUGAUGCCAAAAUCCCACCAGUUUAUCCAGUAGGGCCGAUGAUUCAAGGGGGAGGUGAAGAAAGUGAUGAGAACAAGCGGAAGCGUGAGGAGAUCAUCGCGUGGCUGGAUAAACAACCACAUUCAUCAGUUGUGUUUAUCUGCUUUGGCACCCGUGGAAGUUUCGAGGGCGAUCAGGUGAAGGAAAUUGCUACUGCGCUGGAGAAUAGUGGAGUCCGGUUUCUGUGGUCAAUGAGAAAGGCGUCUCCCAAGGAGUCAGUUGCGUUUCCAGGGGAAUAUGAGAACCUGGAACAAGAAUUGCCUGAAGGAUUCCUCAGAAAUACUAAUGGAAUCGGGAAGGUGAUCGGGUGGGCACCCCAGAUGGCGGUGCUGUCUCACCCUGCUGUUGGAGGAUUUGUGUCGCACUGUGGAUGGAACUCGAUUCUGGAAAGUGUGUGGUGCGGAGUGCCUGUAGCAGCAUGGCCGCUGUUUGCAGAGCAGCAGGCGAAUGCAUUCCAGCUAGUCAAAGAGUAUGAAAUGGCGGUUGAGAUCAAGAUAGACUACAGGAAGGAUAGUGGUGUGAUUUUGUCUGCAGGAAAGAUAGAGAGUGCAAUUAGGCAGCUGAUGGAGCCGAAGAACAAGGUCCGAGUUAAGGUGAAAGAGGUGCACGACAAGGCUAGAGCGGCCGUAGUAGAAGGAGGGUCGUCCUAUAACUUCUUAGGCCGUCUACUCCAAGAUAUCAUGGAUAAUGCUCAUUGAAGUUUAGCCUGUCUGGUGAAGUGAGAGUUCCCAAUAAUAGCUUUUGCAAGAAGCUAAAACACUAUUUCCUGAAUCUCAAGUCUUGUUUUAAAUUGAUAUGAAUUGAAGCGAACUUGUUUCU